GGCGCGCCGUUGUGCGCGUCUAUCCACGACACGACUUUACUCUUGCAGCUAUUUCCAACGCGGUCUUGGUGGAUCGACUGAAGCGUUCGCGCCGGGCUGGUGUUGGUCACCUCUUUUAUCUCUUAUUCUCGAACGACUGAACAAUAUUCAGCCCUUGUCCCUCAUGCUUCGAAUUCUACAUCUCGACGACACCUCUAUUUCGUAUCUACCAGUUGUCUUUGCUUUAACUCUAACCACGCUCUGGUUCAUCUUUCUACUCCCGCCCCUACAAGACUAUAUUUCUGCUCGGUACAGGCACGCCUUUCCUGAAGGCUUGCCGUUUUAACACAGUCGGCCCUUCGACUUCGGGCCCGAGGACUGUCUCAUUACAGGAUGAUUCUCAAUAAAUUCCACGCUCGCCAGAACAGCACUGCGACGGAUCCUAUAUCACGGACAUCGCUGCACCAGCGUCGUGAUUCGUACCCGUAUUUCACGCAGAACGGCGGCCCCUGCGCGCCACAUGAUGAAGAGAACACGCCGCCGGCGACUCCGGUCAAGCAGCCAGAACCGUCAUGGGGUAACAUGCCAAACAAACUGCAACUGCUCAUUCUCGCGCUCUCACGGCUCGUCGACUUUUGGCAGAUGGCGUCUCUCCAAUCGUACAUGGUCCAGCAGCUUCGCUCUUUCGACGCUACGCUCCCCGAGUCUACCAUCUCCCACCAGGCAGGCAUCUUACAGGGCUCAUUCACAGCUGCGCAGAUUAUCACCUCAAUACUCUGGGGUCGCGCUGCCGACUCUCCGGCCAUGGGCCGUAAGAAUGUGCUACUCAUAGGGUUGGUUGGGACGGGUAUCUCGUGUAUAGGUGUGGGCUUCAGUCGCACAUUUUGGCAGGCUGCUGUUUGGCGGCUAGUGGGGGGUGCCGUGAACGGGACCGUUGGUGCAGCGAGGACCAUGGUCGCAGAGUCGGUUGACAAGAGGUGGCAUAGUAGGGCUUUCUUACUGCUUCCCAUCGCCUUCAAUGUCGCAAAUAUCCUAGGCCCUGUGGUUGGCGGCCUAUUGGUCAAUCCUGUAGCAAGUCACCCGUCGAUGUUCGAAGGAUACGAUGGAGCCCCAAAGCGAUGGAUCAAGGCAUAUCCGUACGCAACCCCGAGCGUCCUCUGCGCCGUACUACUUUUUAUCGAAGCUGGCUUGGUGGUUUCAUUCUUGCACGAAACAUUACCCUCAAAAGAUCGUGUCCGAACGCUGUCCGAACAGCUUCGGGACAUGUGCAAGGGUAUUUUCUCCGUGCUGCGGAACCGACCAGAUUAUGCAUCUCUUGAGCAGUUCGAGGCCAGUCAUCAGCUAUCCUCUCUCCCAAGGCGGUCUUUUCCGGAGAAGCCCACCAAUACGACACCCCAUUCCCGGCCCGUUCAACGUCUGCCCUUUCGCCGGAUCUGGACAUCUAACGUCCUAUGGACGUUGUUGAGCGUUGCCAUAUUCGACUUCCACAUGGGUGCAUUUUCCGGUCUGUGGAUCAUCUUCCUCUCGACUUCACGGCCACGAGGAUUGUCGCCCGCUCAAGCAUGGGACAAACUCGUCAAACGCACCCCUUUCCGCUUUACGGGUGGUCUUGGAUUCCAGCCCACUUUGCUGGGUACAUCAUUGGCGGUCCUUGGCAUCGUGGGGCUAUGUCUGCAAAUCCUCCUGUAUCCCUGGGCCAAUGGCAAAUUCGGGCUGAUGCGAUGCUUCCGGUACUCCCUUAUCCUCUUCCCGCUGGCCUAUGCGCUGGCGCCAUACCUCGCUCUCCUGCCUUCCACCACACCGGCGCCUCUUCCAGCAUCCGGCACUCUCAUCUGGGUCGCCAUAUCACUAGUACUCACUCUGCAAGUCACCGCCCGCACAUUCGCCCUGCCAGCCUCUAUCAUCCUCGUCAACAACGCGUCGCCCCACCCUAGCGUUCUCGGUACGAUACACGGCGUUGGCCAGAGCGUGAGUUCAGCCUUUCGAACCAUUGGACCGGUAGCGAGUGGCUACUGGUAUAGCAUCGGGCUGAAGAAGGAGAUCGUAGGCCUCAGUUGGUGGAUUGUGGCUGCGAUAAGCGCAUGGGGGUGCGUCGCUAGUUUUUGGGUAAGAAAUGGAAGCGGUCAUGAGAUCUUGCUACCGGGAGAGGAGGAGGGAAAAAGCUUAGAUAUCUAGCGUAGCUCUAUAUCUAGACAUAUUACUAAAUU